CUCUGGCUGCUGUCUGGUUCCUCCUCCACGCUGUGCCCUGUUGCAGCACCCCCUGCACGAUCUCCUUUUCGUUGGGCAGCCGGUAGACUGGGAAGAUGUAGAGCCAACAGAGGACCACAACGCAGAGGGCACUGGCUCCCACCGGCAGCCGGGCACGCACACUGCUUCGGCCCCCACGGCCCCAAAGGUCAGCACAAGGAUUUCUGAUAAUGCAACUUUUUCCAGUAUUUCUUUCUACGGGAAGUGGCCGGCAGAUAAGUCACGAGCUACAGUCAUGGUCGUUCCCCGCAGAAGGCGGGCGCUGGGGGUCUCCAAGAACCGAGAGAGCGGCGGCAGCGAGUCGCUCCUACCAGUUCUAUAGCAUCACAGUAGCCCUACGCGAGGGUCCGAGAAAAGGCGCGGCUGGCUCUCAGACAUUUGGCUCGCAGCGGCGUCCCCUUCUGAGAGAUGCUCCUUCGCCCUUCGCCGCCUCUCCCCGCCUCCUGCGCUGCUGCGCCGCCAGGCACCCCCCCAGACGCGCUCUCCGCGCCGCGCCAAGUCCUUGGAAAUUUCCACCUCGGCCCGGGACCGCUAUCCUGCCCCUGGCUUCUCGUCCUCACCCGCCAGGACCCUCGCUCCCCACCCCUCCCGGAGAAGAAAAGAACUCGGUCUCAUCAGUUAAUUCAGCCGCGCGCCGCAGCCUUCCGCUGCGCCCCGGACUUCGCAGACAAACGCCCCGGGAUUGGUGGAAAUCAAGGUCUCCCCCGCCCUCCCCCACCCGCAAAAUUGCCUCCUUCGACCAGUUCAGAUCCGCGAAGCUCGCCCAGCGCGCGCACCCUUCUCUCUUGCCCUUGUUCUCUGGAGAUAGAGGCAGACAAUAAAAACAGCAGCUCCCUUAAAAAUACAUAUAUAUUCCCCGAGUGUGGCAGAAACUGGCUGACAUUCCCAGCCCUU